GGUUAAACACGCCCCCGCCCGCCCGUCAUCCUGUGUCCUGUUACUGCUGAGGCAGACCUGCCUGGCCAGCUGAACAACUUUCCUCCCCAGUGUGCUAGUCGGCAGGAGUUGAGGAGGCAGCCGCCUGAGGCUGAGCUGCAGCCCGCUGGGAGACCCUGCGGUCCUUUAGAGGGCUUUCUGCCUCUCAGUCGAGGGUGGGGCUCCCGCGACCAGGGUCUAUGGUGGAUGGCUCUGGAGCUGCUCCUGAAGCUGUGCCAUCCCCUACAAGUCAGAGGGUCACUGCAGAGACUGCUGGGGCUGGGGCGAGGGAGCCCAUACUGGAGCUCCAGCAAAGGUGUGCAAGCAAUGUCCUCCGUGCUCCCAGGAGAAAAAUCCAGCCCCAUGUGGAACCCGAGGACACAGCCGCCCUGCUGAAAGCAAGGCGGCCCAUCCGUCGAGACCGUGACCUCAAGACGGUGGCCUUCGGCCCUCCACCUCCGGCGGGGGCGGGGGCCGCCCACCUCCAAGUCCCCAAACAUGACAACCUCUGCGCUCCGACGCCAGGUGAAGAACAUUGUUCACAACUACUCUGAGGCUGAGAUCAAGGUGCGUGAGGCCACCAGCAAUGACCCCUGGGGCCCACCCAGUUCACUCAUGUCAGAGAUUGCUGACCUGACCUUCAACACAGUGGCCUUUGCCGAGGUUAUGGGUAUGCUGUGGCGGAGGCUCAAUGACAGCGGUAAGAACUGGCGACAUGUGUACAAGGCCCUGACGCUGUUGGACUACCUGCUCAAGACGGGCUCGGAGCGCGUGGCCCACCAGUGCCGUGAGAACCUCUACACCAUCCAGACUCUCAAGGACUUCCAGUAUAUUGAUCGCGAUGGCAAGGACCAAGGCGUCAAUGUUCGUGAGAAGGUCAAACAGGUGAUGGCCCUUCUCAAGGACGAGGAGCGCCUGCGGCAAGAGCGGACCCAUGCCCUCAAGACCAAAGAGCGAAUGGCCCUGGAAGGCAUGGGCAUUGGCAGCGGGCAGCUGGGCUUCAACCGCAGAUCGAGGGGUUCUCCCUCCUCCUACACCUCUGCGUCUUCAUCCCCGCGAUAUGCCUCAGACCUGGAACAGGCACGACCCCAGACAUCCGGAGAAGAAGAGCUGCAGCUGCAGCUGGCCUUGGCCAUGAGCCGGGAGGAGGCAGAGAAGCCAGUCCCCCCAGCUUCCCACAGGGACGAGGACCUGCAGCUGCAGCUGGCUCUGAGCCUGAGCCGGCAGGAGCAUGAGAAGGGGGUGAGAUCCUGGAAGGGCGAUGAUUCUCCAGUGGCCAAUGGUGCAGAACCUGCUGGCCGACACCGACGGGACAGAGAGCCUGGGAGAGAAGAGAGAAAGGAGGAGGAGAAGCUGAAAACUAGUCAGUCCUCCAUCCUGGACUUGGCUGACAUCUUCGCACCUGCCCCGGCCCUGCCUUCCACACACUGCUCUGCUGACCCAUGGGACAUCCCAGGUCUCAGGCCGAACACAGAGCCGAGCGGCUCCUCCUGGGGGCCUUCUGCAGACCCCUGGUCUCCAGCUCCCGCUGGAAAUGCCCUUUCCCGAAGCCAGCCUUGGGAUCUGCUUCCCACUCUUUCUUCCUCUGAGCCCUGGGGCAGGACCCCAGUGCUGCCUUCCGGACCCCCCAUCGCAGACCCCUGGGCACCAAGCUCCCCCAACCACAAACUCCCCAGCACCAGAGUAGACCCUUGGGGGGCCUCUCUGGAGACCUCUGACAACUCUGCUGUAGGUGGUGCCUCACCCUUCGACCCAUUUGCCAAAUCUCUAGAAUCCACAGAACCCAAGGAGAAAGGGGACAGUGCUCGGGCCCUGCCCACGGGGAAGUCCACCAGUCCUGUGGAGCUAGACCCGUUUGGAGAACCCAGCCCCAGUUACAAGCAAAAUGGUACGAAGGAGCCUGAAGCCCUGGACCUGGGUGUGCUAGGGGAGGCACUACCGCAGCUGCCAGGAAAGGAAGCGCGGCCCUGCCGGACUCCUGAGUCCUUCCUGGGGCCCUCUGCCUCUUCCUUGGUCAACCUGGACUCACUAGUCAAGGCACCGCUGGCUGCAAGGACCCGGAACCCCUUCCUGACAGGUCUGGGUGCUCCGUCCCCCACUAACCCGUUUGGCGCAGGCGAGCAGGGCAGGCCGACCCUGAACCAGAUGCGCACCGGCUCGCCCGCGCUGGGCCUACCGCCGGGGGGACCCGUCGGGGCGCCCGUGGGCUCCAUGACCUACAGCGCCUCCCUGCCCCUCCCGCUCAGCAGCGUGCCGGUGGGCGCUACCCUCCCCGCCUCAGUCAGCGUCUUCCCGCAAACGGGAGCCUUCGCCCCGCCGCCGCCGCCGCUCGCGAGCCUGCCUCAGCCGCUGCUGCCCACGUCCGGCCCGGUGGGGCCGCUGCCCCCGCAGGCUGGCACCAAUCCCUUCCUCUGAGACGCAUCAGCGCCUGCGCGCGAGGCCCCGCCUCCUCGAGGGCGGACGUGCGGGUUGAGCAUUGAUCCAGGCGUCUGUGGACCCUUGAACCCAGCUAGGGAUUGACCACAUCUUGGGGACGGAUACUACACACGCCCAAUAAAGACUGGAAUCUACACCCUCAGCUCUUACCAAGUGGA